GAAAGCCAGUAUUAUAAUCAUGUAACAGUUUUAAAUGUACACUUGGACGGUCCAUAUGGCAUGGUCAAAUUAAGAGAAACACAAGUGAUAGAAGCCAGUCAGACUCUCGGAUUCAUAGCACACCUGUGCGCUCACCUUUAGUUCCUCAGACACUUUAGAUGUGACGUUAGUGUCAGACUGGGUUCAGGUCUCAGCUUUGCUAAUUACUAAUGGUGUAACCUGUGAUAAAAUGACCAAUCCCCUAUUCCCCCUUCUGGAGGAUGGGAAUGUUAACACUGACCCCCGGGCGUUCGAGAAAAUCCGCUAAAGGAUGGCAAUGUCUCUAAAUUGCAGAGCACAGUGCCUUGUGGCUAGUAGCCCCUCAGGACACGCUAGAUCCUGCCUUGUUCUUUCCCCUCCAGGCUGCGAGGAGAGGCAAAGUGUCACUUGAGCUCCCAGCCCCACCCCCUCUUCUGCAUAUUUUGUGGGGUCCUGGAAGCUAUCCUUGCUCUAACUUAGCGUUAGGGUGGGUGAGAGGAUGUGGGGCAGGGGUUAGAACUGGUACCUGGGAUCCUACCCAAUACUAACAAAUUUCUUUUCUGUAGCACACUGCUCAUCCAGUGGCCAAAUCUAGACACCUGAGAGACUGUCACCUUUCCCCUCUCAUUCCUCUCCCUUGGGAUUCCAUCUCACCGGGGCUCCUAGUCUGACCACUUCCCACCCCCUUCCAUGGCUCACCAACAGUACAGCGUUGCUCCAGCCCGCAGCCUCAUCUCAUGCAGUAGUACCGGGACUUCCUCCACACUGGCUGCCAGAAUAUUCUUUCUAAAACAAACUUGACCACGCCACUUUCCUGUUUAAAACUAACUGUUUUCGGGACGGGGUGUAAAUUACUCUGUCAAUCAUCCAACAAAUACUGGGGUGAGGGGGAUUACUGAUUGGCUAAACGUUCUUAUAGGUGUACAGUGAGCUGCACAGUGCGAAAGCGCUGUCCACACGGAGCUUACAUUCUAGGGGUCCCCCACCGUCUGGAGCCCCGCAUCCAUUCUCUUACAGUCUUACUUUCCCAAACUCCUUCCAAUUCAUCAUGCACUCUGUCUCUUCACCUGCCAAGCCUUUCCACGCUGCGCUGAGGGAGACUAGUCCGCUCCUGACUGAUCCCUGCAACCCGGCAAAUUGAGGCUCCUCUUUCGCUAGCUAAAGCUUGAUGCCCCUCCCCUGCCUCUGGGGAUUGUGAGCUAAGAGCCAGGGGUAGGAGGCCUGGGCGGGUGCCACAGCCCCUCGCUUGGGCUGGCCCCCCUCCCCCGCACAGGAAGCAGGGAAGGAGUGCGGGCCCCCACCCCAGCUAGGAAUGCCCUGUUCCCAGGUGAGCCACCGCUGCGACCAGGCCCCCAGGGAAGGAGUUGUUCCAAAAUGCGGGCGCCCAGCCCCGGCUGCAGCUCUUCCGUCUUUCCGCACGGUGGGUCGUGGUCAAGUGGCGUCUGGACUGAACUCCAGCAGGAGUGUCUCCAAUUCGGCUCCAGAGGCUGGCUCUCUUGUUGGGGCCUGUAGGCCUCAAGAGCAGGGAGGCGGCCUGGGGGUGGGAGGGGAGGGCCUCUCUAACUCGAGUGACUGCGCCCUGUGUCCCAGACUGCUGGACCGCUCCACCUGGAGCCGUUCACUCCAGAGCUGCCCCCGGGGUUUCAUGGGGAGUAACUGCUCUGCCAUUCAUUUCCUUCCCUGAGAAACGCCCGCAUAAUCCAGUCUCCCCUUGUCUGCUGCAGACAGUCCCAGUGUCCUGCCAGGUCUAUGUGCUCACAUCUCCUCACCAGUCUCAUGGCUGGUUUUCUCUUCUGCAGCUUUUCCCUUCAGACCACCCUCCAUCCCAAACCCCUGUCUAUCCAAGACACCCUCUUUACUACAGUGAACAUCACUGCCUACCCUCAGGCUGCAAAGGGCAUGCAGGGCAUGUCACAAUGGUGGCCUCCUUGCUGACUUGCCUGCGGUCCCCCUGUCUCUCCCUGGGAUCCAGUCUUCCCAUUGCGUUUCACACCUGCAAUUCCCGUUGCCAAGAAGGCCCCUCCUUCAUUCAUCCAAAGAGAUCCUCCACAAACGUCACAUUAGGGAAUCCUUCCCCCAAAUUUAGUCUCUUUCUCUUUGCACCUGCAGCAAAGAGCAACGGAUAUCCCCUGGUCCAACCUAAUUCUGGCCACGCUGCCUUCAUUGUCCCUACACAUGCCUGACUCCCCUAUCAGACUCCACGUUUCUUGAGCAUGCAGUCUGGGUCUUGUUCUCUCCAUCCCCAGGACACACCGGCCUGGCCCAGAGCAGACAUCUGCAAAUAUUUUCUUCUUAAUGAAUAAAUGGAAGAUCAUAAGCAUUGGGUAGAUGUGUGUGGUGAAGGGGAUGGACAGUUGAGAGCUCAUUUAAGUAUUCCUGGAGGACAGGCUGACCAGGCUUUGAUACAGGGGAGACGUGUGAUUUGGUGCAGGGAGAGGACCUCAGGGAAGCACCAGAGUGAUGUACUCUGUUAAUUCAACAAUCAUUGAACAGCUUCUAUGUCACGCCUCAGGGUGGGCACAGGGCGUCUUGGUCCGCACUCAGAUGGCUUCCCCUGCAGUAGAGGAGGAAGGCAAGAUAGGCAGUGCCAGGAUGGAGUGCCAAGUGUCAUACCGUGCAUGCAAGGAGUUGUGGCAGUUGAGGAACACUUAACAGGUUUGAGGGGCAUGUCAGGCUUCCCAAAGAGGACCACCACCCACCCCAAGACCAGAGGGAGGGCCAGAGAAGAGAUCAGGGGGCAGUAGAGAGAGGAGGCUUUGAGCUGAGCAGGGCCUCGUUGUGAAAGGCUUAACUGCAAAAUGAAGGAGUUGGAUUUUAUCCUGAGGGCAUUGGGGAGCCACUGGUGGCUUCCAAGAAGCUAAGGAGUGAGGUGAUCUGGUUCCACAGGCCACCGUGGUGCAGUGUCUCUCUUAUGACCCCCUCCUCUGAGAAACCCCUGAGCCCCUUGACAGGCUGGUUCCCUCUUCUACACUGCCUUAGCACCCUGGUCACUUCUCCUGUGUAGGGUGGAAUUCUCCUGCUAGACUGAGUUCCUUGCAAGAUGAGCCCAGGUCUUCAUCUGCUCUGUGUACCAGGCACCAGGCACCAGGCACCAAAAUCUUGCUUAUGACAUAAUGUUUGCUGAAUGAAUGGAUUGUUCCUUUUUUCCCCUGCAUUCCUACAGCCCUUACUCUCAGUUCCAUAUACUUUUACACCUGGGACCUAGGCAUUAUGCUAAAAAUGGCAUUUAAUUGGGAAGGAGGAGACCUGAUUCAAAUCCUAGCUCCACCAUUCACUGAGCUAAGUUGUUUAACUAUCCUGAAACCUCAGCGGCGCCCCCUGUGAGGUGAGUGAGGCACCACCAGGAACAGAGUGAGUCCCCACACACAUGCAGGAGCCUUGCUUUCCUGGAGAGCCUGGAAGUUCCAUAAAGACCAAGGGUUUCCCUCAGCACCCAGCUCAGUCUGAGUUGACAAUGAAUACAACUCUUGGUCGUGAUGGUCAGGAGAAAGCAGAAUACAGAGGGAACUUACAGAAGUUUUCAGUCUUAGCCUGACACUUCCAAGGGGUGUCAGUGACCGAGAGCAAGGUUCUCCCCAUCUCUGAGUCUUCUCUGCCUUACCUGGCAAGUGGGGUUAGUGAACCUUACCUGGUAGUUCUCACAGGGCCAGUGGAAACUACAGAGGUGAAAGUGCUUUGUGAAUGAAAGAAAUAACAGUAGAUAACUGAUCAUUAAUUAAAAAAAAACAAACAGCGAACUAGUGUUGAUGAGACAUGUGUGAUAAUUAGUAGGUAUAACCCAGACACUUGCUGACUUCCUCUGAAAGGUGGAGAAGCUGGGAUACUGCUCUUUCAGGCAACAGGGGCCAGGCUAAGAUAGAGGUGUUUGGUCCUGCUGGAUUCAGCCUUGAGGCCCAAGAGAGGCUGGGAUGGAGGAGGUCAUGGGGAGAGAGUCCUUUGGCCCCAUCUCCUCCCAUAUUUCUCUGGCUCACAGUGCUUCCUGUGUUAGGUUUUGAGGAGCCCUGGUAUGAGAAGCUCUGAAGAGUCCCAAUGGCUUUGGUGAUGGGACCACUGACACCCCUUGGUGGAAGUCUGGCCUGUGGGAGCAGUGAACCCACAGUGCUGCCCUGAUAAACUUCAAGUGCAGCCCCUCCCAGCCUCUGACGUGUUGGCGUCAGGGUUUAUGGGAGAGGGCCAUGGUUGUCUUAGCUCUCACCCAGAUCAGAAGGACCUGGGACUGUACAGAGGCACUGAGCCUAAGUUUCCUCCCCUCUAAAACAGGCGAGGGUUAGCCCCGACUGACCGCUAUGGCUCAGGGGCUGUGUGUUCUUCGGCAAAGCCAAAGGCCGCAGGGAACAACGGUUGGAUUCCGGUCAGGGCCCAGGCCUUGGUUGAGGAUUUAGUCCCCAGUGUGUAUGACAGGCAACCAAUCGAUGUCUCUCUCUCACAUCGAUGUUUUUCUCCCUCUUCCUUCCUUCUUUCCCCUCUCUCUAAAAAUAAAUGAAUAAACUCUUUAAAAUGAGCGAGGAUUCAGUGGGGAGAAUCAGAGCACCAUCUCCCAAAGUCUUCAGGAUCAGAAGAGAGCACACAGUGAAAAGCGCCUUGCGAACUUUUUUCUUCCAUACGCAUUCACUUCUUUGUUUGUUUUCUCUCACCUCUUCCUGCCCCCGUGGGAGCUGGGCCUGCUCCUCUGGUUGGGGCCUGUCAGAACCAGGAGCCCGAGACACCUCAGCUACAGCCCCGUCCUGAGGUUGUGAGCGUGGCCUGCUGGACAGAGGAGCCUGAGCCUGCAGUGGGCCCCUUUUGUUCUUCCUUCCCCUCAGGUAGCCUCUCUCCCCCCGGCCACCCCUGGGGUGGGGGUGUCACCCCUUUCCAGUGUUUUUUAUUGCCAUGGGGCUCACCCCAAAAUAUUGAAAGUGGCUUUGUAAUUAAAAAAAAAAAAGUCUCAUCUAUGACAAAGAACCCAAAGACAAAUGGCUCAUCUUUCAGAAGGGGAGAAGGGCCCAUACUUUUUGUACCCUGGGUCAUGGGGGUGCCCGGAGGGUCAACCCCCAUGGGCUGGGGGGAGGUUUGUGCUACCGGGAAAGGGGUGUAGUCAGAGAGCCCUGGGAACUAUGGUUGUGCGGGUUCACUCACUUUGCUGUUGUUCUUUCCCAAGACACUCAGCUUCUGCAGCUGUGUCUUUAUCUCCUGGGUCUCCUGCAUCUGCCUCAUCCCAGCCAAUGAAACCAUGUUGGGAGGGUGCAGGUGUGGCCGGGUGAACUCUAGGGGAACAGGAGCUACCUGGUUUUUAGGAGCCUCUUUGGGACAUUUUGACCUUGGGAAUCCCUUGCCUCUCUCCCCUGGGCUGCAGGUCAUUGUACCAGUUUCUCCAUGACCAAUGACCAGAGUCCUCCCCAGAUGAAUGAAUUUUCCUGGAAGGAUGUUGCCAAUGCCUUAUCCCUGGCCAACAUGAUCCUGGGGCUCUUCUCCAUCUUUUGCAGCUUCUGCAAGAAAUUCCACUGUGCCUCCUGGAUGCUUCUGAUCAGCUUCCUAUUAGACAUGGUUAUCAGGACAGUGACCAGACACCUCAACAUCUGCUGUAAAUCGGGAGCUGAGCUGAAUGACUUUGCUGUCUUCACCACCUGUGGCCUGGCCUCAGCCCUGCUCCUAGGCAUGGAUGGGCCUCUGAAUGGGUUCCUGGCCGUCAUCUAUGUGUUAGCUACUUCUUUCCGCCUGUGUUUUUAUUCAGCCGCAGGCACCCCCUUCACAUACAAGGGUCUGCCGUGCCCCUAUGCUUCCUGUGUUUUGGCCUCCACCGCCCUUCUGACCAAAGGCAACACGUUCAUUCUCUCUUGCAUGGCCUCACUUAUGAUUCUAUUCAUGAUGGACCAGAGCUACUACCCGCAUGACAAAAUCCUGGACUCUGAGAACUGGAAAAAAGUGGUUUAUCUGGGAGGUGUCAUCAUGCUGUUUUUGUCUCCAUUCUCGCUAACUGCUUUCUACUGCCUGAUGUGGUCGCUCUCCUACAUUUUCUUUCCAGAUGCUCUGUGGGGCAAGGCAGUGUGUCUUAGGGUGCAGCACUUAAGAAACUAAAUAGCUCUGAGACCCAUUCCCGCUGGCCUCUGUGGGGUUUGUGGCAGCCUGUUGGGCCAACCUCACCUUAUCCUCACUAAAUCUUUCCCUGUUCCUGUGUUGUGCUUGUGGUAGGUGCAUGUUGUCUUGGACCAGAACAGCCCAGUAGGACCAGCGACCUUCCCUUCCCCUUUAUUCAGGGAUCUGAAUCCCUUGAGGACAACAGUUGUUUAUGUCAGAUGGAACAGAGUUUUUUCCAAGCUCGAAUGGGGCUGUGUUUGAGUUCCAGCUCUUUUACCAGUUGGGGACCUUGGGCACUAAGGUUAAUAAUCCCCUGGAAAGGAGUGAAACCCUUCAGAACUGAUAUAGCUGCCACCUUGGCCCUGCUGAUUGUUAAUUACUGCAGUGGUAGUGGGGGGCUCUGCUCACUAGCGCAUUUCUUUUUCAAUUACAGUUGACCUUCAAUAUUAUAUUAGGCGUACAGCACAGUGAUUAGACAUAUAUGUAACAUACGAAGUGCUCCCCUGAUAGGUCUACUGCCCAUCUGGCACCGUACAGUUCCUACAAUAUUACUGACUGUAUUCCCUGUGUGGCACUUUACAUCGUCGUGACUGUUUUGUAACUGCCCCUUUGUACUUCUUAUCUCUUCACUUAUUUUCACCCAGUCCCCAACCCCCCUCCCACCUGGCAAUCAACUCUACAUCUGCAUUUGUUUCUGUUUUGUUUGUUCCUUUGGUUUUUAGAUCCCACAUAUAAGUGAAGUCAUAUGGUAUUUGUCUUUCUCUGUCUGACUUAAUCCAUUUAGCAUAAUGCCGUCUAGGUCUGUCUACGUAUGUUGUUG